AUGGAUGGUGAGGAAGAUCAGAGAGAUGUUGAAGUUAAUAACUAUGAUCAAAACCAUAACCAUGACCAUGACCACAUGCUGAAAGAGAAAAAGAAAUCAUGGGGGAAACUAUUUCGGCCCGAUUCUUUCACUAUAGAGGCCGGGAAAACUCCAACCGAUACUCGUCACCCCUCACUGCUGAGCUGGAGAACGACGAUGAGUUUGGCAUUUCAAAGCCUAGGAGUGGUGUAUGGAGACAUCGGGACAUCACCCUUAUAUGUGUACGCAAGUACUUUCACCGAAGGCAUCCAGGACAAAGAUGAUAUAAUCGGUGUUCUCUCGCUCAUUAUCUACACUCUUACUCUCGUCGCUCUCCUCAAAUACGUCUUCAUUGUUCUUCAGGCUAACGAUAACGGAGAAGGAGGAACAUUUGCAUUGUACUCGUUGAUAUGUCGAUAUGCAAAAACGGGACUUAUCCCAAACCAAGAACCAGAAGAUAGAGAGCUCUCAAACUAUACACUUGAACUUCCAAACACAAAGCACAGAAGAGCCCAUAAGAUCAAAGAGAAGCUCGAGAAUUUCAAAUUCGCUAAGAUCACACUCUUCCUUGUCACUAUUAUGGGCACCUCCAUGGUCAUUGGUGAUGGUAUUCUUACUCCUUCAAUCUCAGGUACGUACCUAAAAAUUAUUGACCAAUGUGUACGUGAGGUAAGAUAUUCUCCAGAAUCAUACACGGUCGUUGGCGUUUCAGUAGCAAUCUUGAUUCUGCUAUUCGCAUUUCAGCGGUUUGGAACAGAUAAAGUUGGAUUUUCAUUUGCCCCCAUCAUCCUCCUAUGGUUCACAUUUCUGACCGGCAUUGGUCUCGCUAAUCUUUUCAAGCAUGACUUUACUGUCCUAAAAGCAGUUAAUCCGCUCUAUAUUAUUCACUACUUUAUAAGAAACGGUAGAAAGGGUUGGAUUUCCCUUGGAGGUGUCUUCCUCUGCAUCACUGGGACGGAGGCCAUGUUUGCUGAUCUAGGUCAUUUCAGUGUUCGAGCCGUGCAGAUAAGUUUCUCAUGUGUCGCAUAUCCAGCGCUGUUAAUAAUAUAUUGUGGUCAGGCUGCAUACCUCACUAAACAUACUUCCAACGUUUCAAACACUUUCUACGACUCUAUCCCAGAUCCGUUUUACUGGCCAACAUUUGUGGUGGCGGUGGCAGCAUCAAUUAUAGCAAGCCAAGCUAUGAUAUCUGGUGCCUUCUCAGUCAUCUCUCAAUCUCUACGUAUGGGUUGUUUCCCUCGAGUCAAAGUGGUUCACACGUCAGCUAAGUACGAGGGACAAGUCUACAUCCCCGAGAUAAACUACUUCCUCAUGCUCGCAUGUGUGGCUGUUACACUCGCCUUCAGAACCACCGAGAAGAUAGGACACGCUUAUGGAAUCGCCGUGGUAACCGUCAUGGUCAUCACAACUUUCAUGGUGACUCUCAUAAUGCUUGUUAUUUGGAAAACCAACAUAGUGUGGAUCGCUAUGUUCUUGAUAAUCUUUGGCUCCAUAGAGAUGUUGUACCUUUCUUCGGUUAUGUACAAGUUCACGAGCGGUGGUUAUCUACCGCUUGCAAUAACGGUGGUUUUGAUGGCAGUGAUGGCGGUUUGGCAAUACGUCCACGUCCUCAAGUACCGGUACGAACUUAGGGAGAAGAUUUCUAAAGAAACCGCUAUACAAAUGGUUACAAGUCCUGACGUAAACCGCGUUCCAGGGAUUGCGCUGUUUUACACGGAGCUUGUCAACGGUAUAACUCCGUUGUUUUCUCACUAUAUCUCGAAUCUUUCUUCGGUCCAUACGGUUUUCGUCUUGAUAUCGAUCAAGUCACUUCCCGUGAGCCGUGUCACACCAUCAGAACGAUUCUUUUUCCGUUACGUGGAGCCUAAGGACUCCGGGAUGUUUCGAUGUGUUGUGAGAUAUGGUUACAAGGAAGACAUCGAAGAGCCUGAUGAGUUUGAGCGUCAGUUUGUUCAUUACUUAAAGGAGUUUAUCCAUCAUGAGUACUUCAUAUCCGGAGGAGAAGUGGAAGAGACAAGGGAGAAAGAGGAGGAAACAAAUGUUGAGGCUACUACACUUGUGCCUUUGUCCAAAUCUGUUCCUUCGUCCGAGCGGAUUGGGUCUGCGCAUUCAUCUUCUUCGGACAAGAUUAGGUCAGGAAGGGUCGUGCAAGUGCAAUCUGUGGAGUCUCAUAAGGAUUUGGUGGAGAAAGCUAGAGAGAAAGGAAUGGUUUAUCUGAUGGGUGAGACUGAGAUUACGGCGGCUAAAGAUUCUUCUUUGUUUAAGAAGUUUAUAGUGAACCAUGCUUAUAAUUUCUUGAAGAAAAAUUGUCGGGAAGGUGACAAAGCACUUGCGAUUCCAAGGUCGAAGCUUCUUAAGGUUGGCAUGACUUACGAGCUAUAAGACUUCCUAACUCGUUUAUUUUCUUUGUGUGUAUGUCUGUGUGAUUUUUACGUGUGGUUUAAGUUCACUGUGACCUAAGGCCUCUAUGUGACCAUGUUUAAGUAACGCUUGAUUUGUUUUUUUUCUUGUUUUAAUUAUGGUACUGUGUAUGGUGAUCUUUUGGUUUCUGAGUGUCAAUCUGUUUAUUGUA